AGGUGCGCUAGUAUUUAGAGCAGGUAGUCGUGUCCUGUGAGUCAGUACUCAUUUACACCAGUUAGCGAGAGGACGGAGGAACGUGGGAUUAAAAGUCACGCGGGACGAGGCAAAACCCGUCGAGGAGCAAGUACGCAUCUUUUAGAGGAUGGAGCUCAACAAACUGACCUCAAGUGCUGCUUUGCUUUAUGAUGAGUUGCUUAAAGAAGCAGACCCAAGAGUUGAGGACUGGCUCCUUAUGUCCUCCCCGUUCCCUCAAACCAUGAUCAUCCUUUCCUACAUCUACUUUGUCACAACGCUCGGACCUCGCCUGAUGGAGAACCGUAAACCUUUUGACCUCAAGCAACCUAUGAUCAUCUACAACUUCAGCAUAGUUGCCUUCUCUCUUUACAUGAUUUAUGAGUUUCUCAUGUCUGGCUGGGCCAAUGGUUACUCAUACAGGUGUGACAUUGUGGACUAUUCCAGCUCACCACAGGCUCUCAGGAUGGCAUGGACAUGCUGGCUGUACUACUUCUCCAAGUUCAUCGAGAUGUUGGAUACUAUUUUCUUUGUGCUGAGAAAAAAGAACAGCCAAGUCACUUUCCUCCAUGUGUACCAUCACUCAAUCAUGCCCUUCACAUGGUGGUUUGGAGUCAAGUUUGCUGCAGGUGGUCUGGGAACCUUCCAUGCCCUGCUGAACUGCUGUGUCCAUGUGAUCAUGUAUACAUACUAUGCCCUGUCUGCUAUGGGCCCAGCCUAUCAGAAAUACCUCUGGUGGAAGAAGUACAUGACGACCAUUCAGCUAGUUCAGUUUUUGAUGGUGACCGUCCACAUCGGCCAGUUUUUCUUCAUGAAAGACUGCCCAUACCAGUUCCCAGUGUUCCUCUACAUCAUUUGGUUGUAUGGACUGAUAUUCCUGGUUCUUUUCCUCAAUUUUUACUACCAUGCAUAUACCAAGGGCAAGAGAUUGCCCAAAGUCCUUCAGAAUGGAGCAUGCUUCCUAAACCGUGCACACAAUAAGAUUGAAUAAGGACUUUGUACUCUGUCGUUACCCAUAAGUGAAGAUCCUGCAGCUUUUUAAAUUUUCUUUAGUUUCCUUUAACCAUUUCAGAAAAUUCACACACUGUGUUUUAUGUUAAAACUUUGUGGAAUGCCACUUUCUCACUGAAUGAAUAUUGCUCGACUAGCACAUGUGGUUUUACACUGAAGAUGUGGAUCCUGGUUUGUACGGUCUUCACUCGGGUUCUGAAAUGUUUAUGGGGUACGAUAUUUUAAUAUACCCUUCGAUUGUACAUUUUAAGCCCAGCUUUGAAAUAUGACCUAACUGCUGGUUUAACUGAAUACAUGGAUCGUGAGAGCGAAGGUACUUGUUUUUAAUGCUGUUGGCCUUUGAAAGGGCAGUGAAAGGUCUGCUUUUUACUUGGUAGGUUCCUUAAGCAAACCUUGGGCCCUUUCCCCAAUGAAGAGCAUGACUGAUAACUACGCUCGAGUCCUAGGUUGAAUGUGGUAAACGUGACAGCUGGGUUAAUUUGGAGUUUUCAGCUUUUGGAAAAAUUUUAUUUUCAGUGUUUAUUGUUAACUUCUUAAUAUUCUUGUGGCUAUUCUAGUUUUUUUGUUGUUGUUUUGUUUUUUUUUAAAAAAAAAAAAACAAGUCUGACUGAGGCAUUGGUGUUCUUCAAAGAACCAAAUAUGCCAGUGAUCUGUGGAGACUGUUUGUUUAUUAUUGUUAUUUUCCCCUAGUCCUUGUAUUUAUGUAUUUUGUAAUUCUUUACAGCGCUCUAUUUAUAUAUUUGAGUUUUUGUUAAAUGGAAAAAUUGUACCUUUUUUUUUUUUUUUUAUUCAACAAAAUAAAUUAUUUGUCAAUA